UGCAGAAGUCCUGAAUUCAACAGUGAAUGCUCUAAAGGAUGGGCAAGUUGUGGCUGUGCCAACGGACACAAUAUAUGGGCUGGCUUGCUUGGCUCAGAAUUCCAAUGCCAUCAAAAAGGUGUAUGACAUCAAAGGACGUAAUGGUCAGAAACCGCUGGCCAUUUGUGUUGGAGAAAUCAAAGACAUUUACAAUUAGUAGGAGUGCGCAUCCCGGACCAGGCCUUCAUGAGACGCCUCUGCCAGAUGUGUCGGGAACCUCUUGCCCUCACCAGUGCCAACAUCAGCUCACACUCCAGCACUGUGGCUGUACAUGAGUUCCAGGAUCUGUGGCCUCAGCUAGCAGCAGUGGUGGUGGAUUGCAGGCCAAUAGAAGACAAGAGUCGGUUGGGGUCAACAGUGGUCGACCUAUCGGUGUUCGGCAAAUACAGCAUCAUCAGACCUGGCUGUGCCUUCUCUUCCACAGUUCAUGUGCUAGAGCACAAAUAUGGACUGUCAGAAGACACGGGAUGAGUGAGGUUUGCCCCCUUCAAAUUCAUACCACAUGCUGAAAUGUACAACCAGCAAGAACCUGUACUUACCGUGGCCAAAUACAACUCUGAAUGAUGGCAAUGCCUGCAACGCUGAGGCGAGUGAUGAUAUCAAAAUCACUCAUCUUUCUAAAGGAAGGACGGUCCUUUUGCACAUUGCAUGCUAUUGUGGAACGCUCUGGGUUUCCUGUGAAACUUAAGGGAUUUGUUUUUGUCUUUCUGGGUUAUUAGCUGUCCAAGCGUUGUUGUUUCUAUGGGAAAACCCUGGGCACUUAACUCAGUCUUUGCUUUACAAAUGUACUUUAUUGUGUGGUAACUAGGUUGUUUUACUUAAGCAUGCUUACACCCAACAGAAGACCCCACUCUUGCCUCCUCUCUAGUGGGUCAAACUGGCAGACUUGGCACAGAGUAACGGCUGGCGUUCUACCCUGUUACUGUCAUUUUGUUUUUAGUUAUGACUAGGUUAAGCAAAGAUACUAUUUAAUUGUAAUAACUCGUGUCCAUUUCAUGCAUUUCAAAAUCAAGUCCUGUGGUUUUUAUGAACUGAUCUUUGGGUUUCAGGGAUGUGAACAUUGUGUAAAUGCAUUUUAUUUUCAUGGAGAAUUUAUUUCACCAAUUUCGGACUGUAAAGCUGCAUUUACACAGGCAGCCCAAUUCUGAUAUUUUUUUCACUAAUUGGUCUUUUGACCAAUCAGAUCAGCUC